GAAGGACUUCCUCUUCUCCUCUCCACAGCUAUCACUCCCGCCGCCUUUCUCAGCAGUUUCUCGUAGCGUCUCGGGAGUUGAUAUUCUACCUGGUGUCGAAUACACCCCUCAGAAUCCCGAGACUAGCCCUAUUAGAAGCAGCUCAAAUACACCUGUCAGGAGCGGGGUCGAAGGCAGACACCCAACCCCAAAUUCAAGCCCAAGCGGAUUGGAGCAUGUCAGCGAAAUAGAUUCAAGUCCUCCGGUAAGAUGGCCUCUCCAACCCCCUGGACAAAGCUGAUCUCUUGCAAAAGUUUGCAAGCGGUAUCAGUCCCAGGAGUCUCAUAAGACGAGCAGCCGAGACCAUGGUAGGUUUUUAUCGGGUCCACAACCCAACAACACACCCUUCGCCUUCACCGCCACCCUCUUCUGCUGCUCGUCGUGGCCAGGGUCGCGUUCCCUCGUCCGUUGUCGCACCCAGAACGCCAUCUCGAACAUACCAAGUCUACAAUGACGCUUUACCUCGAUCUUCUCAACCGCAAACACCAGCCUAUUUGCCCGAAGCCCGGCAUCAAUCUCGAUUCCAUCCUUCCUUUACCGCGCCAGUAAGACGUGCAGGUUCGCGUGGAAACAGAGUCGAUAGCGGAAAUAGGGGAGGACCGAGCUCGGAGCAGGUCCAACAAUUAUCCACGCCACUACGCCGAGGAGCAGGCAGAUCCGUGUCGCCCACGGGCAUGUCGCAGGGCGGUUUUAUGGGUCUUUACGGUGGCACAGAGAAUGGAAAUGAGGAGCACAACUGGGCUGAAGGAGUGCGAUUUAGCUAUGCCGAGACGAGGCUUUGGGGGUUUCGAGAUGCUAGAAACGACGGAACUAGUUUUAGAGAAACGCCGGAGCCGGAAGAUUGGAGAGUGGGAAGGAGAGCUUGAAAGGACGGGAGGAGAACACUCAAGGCAGAUGGAAGCAACCGAACUUGGCUGCGCUCUGCUGACAGUGAUAUGAAAUAUAUCCGAGAUUACAUUCUUUGGUGUGCAGUACCACGCCGCUUUUGGCG